GAGAGAGAGAGAGAGAGAGAGAAGUGGAAGACGAAGAGCGUUAUCUCCAGCGUCAGAUUAACAGCCACUAGACCUUCGCUUGCGGCGCAUCCACCACGUGUCGUUCGAAACUUCCAUUGACAUCAGAUAGCCCCAUCCCAUCAUUUCUAUAUCUAUCCACACUUUUCAAGGUUCGUCUCAGUCCUCGAAACUCAGCACCUUUCUCAAUAAUAUUCAGAAGAUUUUACAGGUUUUUAUUUUUGAAGAAAUUUCAUUGGAUUGUGGUGAGGGUUGAAGUGUGUGUUUUUUGGAAAAGAUGGAUCACGCGGCGGAUGUACACAAGACCGAUUUGAUGACUAUAACGCGAUUUGUGCUGAACGAGCAGUCAAAGUAUCCUGAAUCUCGUGGAGAUUUCUCUAUAUUGCUGAAUCACAUUGUUCUUGGUUGCAAGUUCGUCUGUUCUGCGGUCAAUAAGGCAGGAUUAGCCAAACUCAUUGGGCUUGCUGGGGAGACCAACAUCCAGGGUGAAGAGCAAAAGAAACUGGAUGUUCUCUCAAAUGAAGUUUUCAUUAAGGCUCUAAUCAGCAGCGGCCGAACAUGCAUCCUUGUCUCUGAAGAGGAUGAAGAGGCAACAUUUGUGGAGCCAUCUAAGCGUGGAAAGUACUGCGUUGUUUUUGAUCCUUUAGAUGGAUCCUCAAACAUCGACUGCGGUGUUUCUAUUGGAACUAUCUUUGGAAUUUAUAUGAUUAAAGAUGGUAGUGAACCAGUUUUAGAGGAUGUGUUGCAACCAGGGAAGAAUAUGUUAGCUGCUGGCUAUUGCAUGUAUGGAAGCUCUUGCACGUUUGUAUUAAGCACUGGAACUGGUGUCAAUGGAUUUACCCUCGAUCCAUCUCUCGGGGAGUUCAUACUAACUCAUCCAGAUAUCAAGAUUCCCAAGAAAGGAAAAAUUUAUUCUGUGAAUGAAGGAAAUGCGAAGAACUGGGACGGUCCAACAGCCAAGUACGUAGAAAAAUGCAAGUUUCCUAAAGACGGUUCAUCAUCGAAGUCUCUGCGAUACAUUGGAAGCAUGGUAGCUGAUAUCCAUCGCACAUUACUUUAUGGGGGUAUCUUUUUGUAUCCCGCUGAUAAGAAAAGCCCCAAUGGAAAACUUCGGGUUCUCUAUGAAGUCUUUCCAAUGUCAUUCCUGAUGGAACAAGCUGGAGGACAAGCUUUUACUGGCAAGCAUCGGGCACUUGACUUGGUUCCAAAUAAUAUACAUGAGCGGUCUCCGAUUUUUCUGGGUAGUUAUGAUGAUGUCGAGGAGAUCAAAGCACUCUACGCAGCUGAAGAGAAGAAGGAAUGACCAUGCAGACCUUUCCACUUUAUGUUUGUGCAGGUGCUAAUUACUGAUUUCUAUUUGUUAAGCAAACAUGUCAGUAAGGUCUACUUGCAAUGAGAUACUUUUUGAUUAUACAAAGCAUUGCUGAAGUUUCUGUUAUCUUGAGUAAUAGCUAAUUUCAAUGAUGAUUGUAGACUGAAUAACACAUGAUUAUACCGCAGCAUAUGCGCACAGAUGGACCAUGGUUAUAUUUUAUGACUUGUUUAAAUGUAUAUCAUUCACCUGGAGAAGGGGGUAAACAUUUACGAAUUAAAUAACUGGAAUGCUUCACAAUUUGUGGCUACUCAUCAGGAAAAUAUUUCAGCUCCUCUACUUAGGUUCUGGGUAAUCUUGUGUGGUGAGGCACAGAUCUGGAUGUAAAUGUUGUGGCACUCCAUGAAGAUCCUUUUUGUGUCA